CCCUCUGCAUAUUUUACUCUCCGGCUCCUGUCAGCCGAGACCCUUCGUCACUUUCCGCCCGCUGUCUCCACUCUGCGGCUGGGUACAGUUCCUGGACCAAACCCUUUCUUACAUUUCUACGGACCGCUACUUCUCCCUCUCACUUUGCCAUGAGCCGCAGGGUUGUACGUCAGAGCAAAUUUCGCCAUGUCUUUGGCCAGGCAAUGAAAGCUGACCAAUGUUAUGAAGACAUACGAGUGUCAAAAGUGACAUGGGAUAGUUCCUUCUGUGCGGUUAAUCCCAAAUUUGUGGCCAUCAUUGUGGAAUCUGGUGGAGGAGGAGCCUUCCUAGUCCUACAACUGGCCAAAACUGGGCGUGUGGAUAAAAAUCACCCCUUGGUAUGUGGGCAUACAGCGCCUGUGCUUGACAUUGACUGGUGUCCACACAAUGACAAUGUCAUUGCCAGCGGCUCUGAAGAUUGUACAGUCAUGGUUUGGCAGAUCCCAGAUCAUGUAGCACUCCGGUCUAUAACAGACCCCAUUGUUGUCUUGGAGGGGCACUCGAAGAGAGUCGGGAUUAUCACAUGGCAUCCAACUGCCCGGAACAUUUUACUUAGUGCAGGCAGUGAUAAUAUGAUCAUUAUUUGGAAUGUGGGGACUGGGGAGCCCCUGAUAACUCUCGAUGACCUACACACUGACCUGAUUUACAAUGUCUGCUGGAACCGCAAUGGCAGCCUCAUCUGCACCACCUGCAAGGACAAGAAAGUGCGCGUCAUUGAUCCGAGGGAGCAGCGCAUCGUUGCUGAAAAGAAUAAAGCACACGAAGGUGCUCGCCCAAUGAGGGCCAUCUUUAUGUCCAACGGUAAAAUCUUCACCACGGGAUUCAGCAAGAUGAGUGAACGGCAGCUGGCACUCUGGGACCCGAAAAACUUUGAUGAACCAAUAGCACUUCAGGAAAUGGACACCAGUAAUGGAGUACUUCUGCCAUUUUAUGAUCCAGACUCCAAUAUAGUGUAUCUCUGUGGAAAGGGUGAUAGCAGUAUUCGAUAUUUUGAAAUCACAGAAGAAGCUCCAUAUGUUCAUUACAUUAGCACAUUCAGCAGUAAGGAGCCACAGAGGGGAAUGGGUUUCAUGACAAAGAGAGGCCUGGAUGUCAGCAGAUGUGAAAUUGCAAGGUUUUUCAAGUUACAUGAACGGAAAUGUGAACCGAUUACAAUGACAGUGCCUCGCAAGUCAGAUCUUUUCCAAGAUGACUUGUACCCAGAUACACAAGGUCCUGAGCCAGCAUUAGAGGCUGAGGAAUGGAUGGCUGGCAAGAACGCUGAUCCCAUCCUUAUCUCAUUGAGAGAUGGGUACAUUCCACCCAAAAACAGAGAACUGAAGUUUGCCAAGAAGAACAUUCUGGAUAACAAGCCGCCUCUCGGACCUCGACGAAGCUACUCCACAUGUGAAUCAAAUUUUUCUCGUGUAACCGUGGAAGAACUAAUGGACGAAAUUAAAUCACUGAAGGUGAUAGUCCAGUCCCAGGAGAGACGCAUUACUGAGUUAGAGAACAAGCUCUCAAAAUUCACAAAUGGCACAGCUUAAUCAUAUCUUCAGCUCAAGCAUGCACUCCAAGGUAUAAGUGCUUCCUGCCAAGCCAAUUCAACUCAUCAGUGCCCACCCUGAGAACUCUGGUGGCAAUUGACAGUAGCUUUUAUAAAAAUCUACAUAAAAGUAUGUGCAUUCUUAACUCCAGUCAGGCAAGACCACAUGGAAGUAUUUAAUAUUUUGUUCUGGAGGUUAAUUGAAGAAUUAAGCGAUGUUUGGGAACUACAGUGAACUAAAAAGUCGAGCUACAUCUGAUCAGUGUUCCUACAUGUGGUCAUGGACUACUAUUGUUAGUGAGCAUUACAGUCUCCAUGAGCAGAGAUCCUGAACAUAAAUGCCAGAACUUAUCUUUGGACUGAGGGAAGGGGAGGGGAAGGAAUGACCUCACCAUGCAGACCACGAGGUCUAAUCAAGGGCAUCGGCUGGAUGGUGAGAUAGUCUGGAUUGCAACUUUUUCACGUAUAUGAUUCAUAAAGCAAAUUAACUUUGAAACAAACUCCAGGCUAAUAUGCUUACAAAGUUCCUCAGCUUGUGGCUCCAUUGCUUUUGGCAAAUAAGAUAAUUGUGUCUUUGAGUUCUGCUCAGGUAUAGUCAGACAAUAUUUAGUGAUUCUAAUUUUAAGUUCAUGAUUUGCACUGUAUAAGGUUGUGGCAGUAUUUGGCACUUGGCAAAAUUGAUAUUUUGUAGCAUUUGUAGGUGCACACAGGCUAUAAAGAGUGGAUGAUGUAGUUUCUAUGGGUCAUUGCAAAGCCAGUAUACUCCUUUUGUGAGUCAGUUCCAAAAUCGUGACAUACAGUGCUAGCAAAUCCAUAGGGCAUUCUCCACUAUUUUCUUUACAUUUAUGAAUAAAAUGAUCUUGUUCCAAGAACUCUUCAUCUUCAGGAAUGAAAAUAUUUUAAAAUAACAAUUUGUACAUGUGAUAUUUGGUAUAAGCAUUGUGGCAAAAAGAAGUGCUAUUUUAUUUUUGUGGUGGAUUUAUACUAUUGUUUUCUAUGUCCAUGCUCGAAAUUACAA